AUGGGGCAUUCCUCUCACCAUCGUGCGGACUCGUCCUCCAGCAAGAGCCACCGGCCAGCCCAGCCAAGCUCGCUACGUCAGAGCCACGCAGCUUCGAGUCGAGACAGUAGUCAGGACAGCGGCCCGGCAUUUAGACAAGCAGUCCCGUCUAGGGAUGACGCUGCUCGUGGCGACGCCACCAUUGGCGGCAAUACAGACGAGUCCACGCCUUUGAUUCCCGACGGCGGAAGUACCGAACGCAGACGAUCGAGCGCCGUUCACCCUGGAGUUUGCAACCACGGCACGUUUAGCCCUCGACCCAUGACCCCGGACGAGGCAUUUCCCAUUACUAGGGACGAUAUCGUCACCACGGGGCCUGACGGACUGUUUGACAAUUCCUCGUUCCAAGCAUCAAUCGAAGAGGGCUGGAAGAAAUGGUUUAGCGGGAGAAUUCGGACCAAGAGGAUGGGCGAGACUAGGGAGCUCGCCCAUCGAGCUGGGUUUAGAGAUACGCCCUUGAUGUAUCUGUCCUACUACAUUCCUUGCCUGAAUUGGAUGCGACAGUAUAAAUGGUCCUAUCUCAAAGGCGACCUUGUGUCUGCCGUUACCAUUGCGUCCUUCUAUCUCCCCAUGGCGCUCUCGCUCGCUUCCAACCUCGCUCAUGUGCCCCCGAUUCACGGCUUGUACGCCUUCGUUUUCAACCCCUUCAUUUACGCCUUGCUAGGUUCAUCGUCGCAGAUGGUUGUCGGUCCAGAGGCUGCUGGGUCUCUGCUCGUGGGCACGGUUGUGCAGCAGAGCGUCGACAGUGGUGGCUCGACUGAGGAUAACGACCUCGUUCAUGCCCAGAUCUGUGGAGUUGUGGCCGGUAUGGCGGGAGCUACGGUUCUGAUUGCAGGAAUAGCGCGAUUGGGUUUCUUGGACAGCGUACUAAGCCGCCCCUUUUUACGUGGGUUUAUCAGCGCCAUUGGCUUUGUCAUAGCCGUGGACCAGCUGAUCCCCGAGCUUGGUCUGAACGAUCUUGCAAGCAAAGAUGGCGCAAGCCACGGCAGUACCGUUGAGAAGAUUGCCUUUAUUGUCGAGAACAUUAGCGAGGUCCACCAUCUGACGUUUGCUGUCGCCGGCAUCAGCUUCCUAGUCAUCAUGAUUUUCCGUGAGUUCAAGAAGCGCCUUGAACCUAGAUUCCCCUCGGUCGUGUUUUUACCAGAUCGAUUCCUGGUCGUCGUCGUUUCUGCCAUUCUCUGCUGGCAUUUCCGCUGGGACAAGCAAGGUGUCGAGGUCCUUGGCGCCGUCAAAGCCGCCAACGGAGGCGUUUUUGCAUUUAGGUGGCCAUUUAGAUUAGCUCACAUGAAGCACAUUCGCAGUGCCAUGUCGACAUCAUUUCUUAUUGCACUGCUCGGCUUCUUUGAGUCAUCCGUUGCAGCCAAGAGCUUGGGAGGCAAUGACGCCAUUCAAGGCAUCGAAUUGAGCGCGAACCGGGAAAUGAUUGCCCUUGGCGCUGCCAACCUCGUCGGCGCGUGUUUUAUGAGUCUGCCAGCCUUCGGAGGUUAUGGGAGAAGUAAGGUGAACAAGACGACUGGUGGCAAGAGCCCCAAACCUGUUCUCUGUUCCAUGAUCUCUGUGGUGGCUUAUUCAUUGAUAGAGGAGGCGCCGCAUGAUAUUGCCUUCUUCGUCACAAUCCGGGGCUGGACGGAGCUUGGGCUCAUGGCCAUCAUCUUCCUGUCGACGAUUUUCUACUCUCUCACGCUCGGCAUGGCUCUGGGGGUUGGCAUCUCGAUCCUUCUCGUCAUCAAGCACAGCACACGGCCAAGAAUCCAGAUUCUGGGGCGCAUUCCCGGGACAAAUCGGUUCGAGAACGCCGAGUCUGGCGACGCAUGCCUGGAGUUUGUCGAGGGCUGUCUCAUUGUCAAGAUUCCUGAGCCGCUUACUUUUGCCAACACUGGAGAGUUGAAGGCGCGAUUGCGACGGCUAGAGCUCUAUGGAACCUCAAAAGUACAUCCGGCUCUUCCCCGUCUUCGGAGCCAAGAAUCCAACCGAAAUAUCAUCUUUGACAUUCACGGCGUCACAUCAAUGGACGGCUCGGGCACGCAGGUUCUUGAGGAAAUUGUACGCAACUACCGAGAACGUGGUGUUCGAAUUUUCUUCUCCCGUGGCCCUAGUCGACGAGAUCACCCCGUCUGGAAGCUGCUGGAACGAAGUGGCAUCGUGGCAUUGAGUGGAGGCGAGUCGCAUUUUGUGAAUGAUGUGGAAGAGGCAUUGCGGUGGACAGAGUAUGAGGACAGCAUUGGCGUUCGGAGUGGUGGCAGCGGUUGA